GGCCGGGGCGCGGGCAGGGUGGCCCCGCUGGACGGCGCGUCCACCGCGGCGCAGGAAAAGCAGCUCCCGUCCGGCGUGGAGGCUCCCCGGGGCUGGGGACCGAGGGGACGGAGCCACCGGGGCGCGUCAGCUGCCGGGCAGGGGCAAGAUGAAGCAGUAGCCACUUCAGACGCAGGAGCUGCCGCCGCCGAGUGAGACCUACCUGCACGCCAGCAGAGCCCCCCAGCCCUGCCCGCUCCCCGCUGGGCGCAUCCCUGGGCAGGGGGCUCCGAGCCAGCGUGGCUCGUCUCGGUGGGACGUGGCGAGAUGAGCAUGGCCACCAUGAAAAAGGACAAGAGCCACGGCCCGGAUGAGGCGGACUGCAGGGCAGAGCUGAUCCUCCUAAACGGAGACUGUGCCGACCCCACUAACGACACACCCGCCCUUCUUCGGGAGCCGAAUGGGAAGCCGAGUGCUCCAGAUGCGGGGGGCCUGGGGCUGCCGUCCCUGAGGAACAGCAGGAGAGUCAGCAAGGUAGACCUCUCCAAGGACGACCUGUCCUGGCCACUCACGCUCACGCGGGAGCAGGAGGUGCGGCCCCGGGGCAGCGCUGGCUGGGAGAGCAGCCUCAGGCAGAAGCCCCCCGUCCGCCUCAUCUUCCAGGCGGGACAGACCCGGCAUGAGAUGAAGAUCAAGGAAACGAACACCGUGGAGCCACUCAGGGACCUGCCAACUCCCCUACGGAGCUCCAGGCGGCGCCCAGCAUCCAUCCCCGUGACCACCAUCGACCUGACGGAGGAGGACUCCCGGGACUCAUCCCAGAGCAGCAGCACACUCUCUGGCAGCAGCUCCCAGGAGGGGCAGAAUGGCUCUGCUGAGCUGGGGGCCGCGGAGCUGGAGAGCAGAGAUGUAGGAAUAGCACUGGAAUACCAGGAUGGGAAAGAAUUUGGAAUUGGGGACCUUGUCUGGGGAAAGAUCAAAGGUUUCUCCUGGUGGCCUGCAAUCGUUGUCUCCUACAGAGCCACAGCCAAGCGCCAGGCCGUGUCAGGCAUGCGGUGGGUGCAGUGGUUCGGAGACGGGAAGUUCUCCGAGGUCUCUGCAGACAAGCUGGUGGGACUGAUGGCCUUCCGGCAGCAUUUCAAUUCUUCCACGUUUAACAAGCUGGUAUCCUACCGACGAGCAAUAUACCAUGCGCUGGAGGUUGCCCGGAGCCGGUCGGGGAAGACCUUUGCAGUUGCCCCUGGGGAGUCCCUGGAGGAGCAGCUGAAGCCCAUGGUUGACUGGGCACUCACCGGCUUCAAACCCUUGGGUCUCAAGGGGCUGCGACCGCCCAAAAUCUCAGAGAACGGGGCCCUGAGGAAUGGGACAGAGGAGGUGCUGUCCCUCGAGCAGUGCCCCCCAACCAAGAGGCUGAAGACCAUCCUCUGCAACAACGGCAAGGAGCAACGAGUGGAAGAGGACCAGACCCGAGAGCAAAUGGUUUCCGGAGUUACGAACAACAGUGGAAGUCUUGAAGACAGCUGUUUGUCCUGCGGGAGGAGGAACCCGGCCACCUUCCACCCGCUGUUCGAGGGGGGCCUCUGCCAGACGUGCAGGGAUAGAUUCCUGGAGUUCUUCUACAUGUAUGACGAAGACGGCUACCAAUCCUACUGCACUGUCUGCUGCGAAGGGAAGGAGCUGCUGCUCUGCAGUAACGCCAGCUGCUGCAGGUGCUUCUGUGUGGAGUGUCUGGAGGUGCUGGUGGGGCGAGGGACGUCGGCCAAGGCAAAGGAGCAGGAGCCCUGGAACUGCUACAUGUGCCAGCCCCAGCGGAGCUACGGCGUGCUGCAGCGCCGGCAGGACUGGAACACCCGCCUGCAGGACUUCUUCACCAGUGACAAGGGACAGGAAUACGCUGAACCCAAAAUCUACCCCACAGUCCCCCCAGCCAAGAGGAGACCUAUUCGAGUGCUCUCUUUAUUUGAUGGCAUAACAACAGGACCUGCAAGAGUGGCCACAUCGAACGUCCAUGCUGAUGAAGGAGACUUUGAGACUAAAGAGAGCAGUGCAGCCUCAGACCUCUGUCCCUUGGCAGGGUACGUGGUGCUGAAGGACUUGGGCAUCCAAGUGGAGAAGUACAUUGCCUCAGAGAUCUGCGAAGACCCCAUUGCUGUGGGCACCAUGCGGCAUGAGGGCAACAUCACCUACGUGCAUGACGUCAGGAACAUAACCAAGAGAAACAUUGAGGAGUGGGGUCCCUUUGACCUGGUGAUUGGUGGAAGCCCCUGUAACGACCCCUCCCUUGUCAACCCGGCCAGGAAGGGGCUGUAUGAAGGAACCGGGAGGCUGUUCUUUGAAUUUUAUCACCUGCUCAACUACGCCCGUCCCAAGGCAGGAGAGGAGCGCCCCUUCUUCUGGAUGUUCGAGAACGUGGUGGCCAUGAGAGUCAAUGAUAAGAGGGACAUUUCACGGUUUCUGGAGUGUAACCCGGUUAUGAUUGACGCUAUCAAGAUCUCAGCUGCCCACCGAGCACGCUAUUUCUGGGGCAACCUUCCAGGGAUGAACAGGAUCUUCGGCUUCCCCCUCCACUACACGGAUGUCUCCAGCAUCGGCCGUGGGGCUCGCCAGAAGCUGCUGGGGAGAUCGUGGAGCGUCCCCGUCAUCCGGCACCUCUUUUCCCCACUCAAGGAUUACUUUGCCUGUGAAUAGCAUCCCGAGCGUCCCUCGUCUCUCUGGUAAAGAUGCACAGCUCUGCUGCCGUGGCAGGAGAGGGACGGGCACCGCUGCCGGACUCUGCCAUGGCACCGUCCUUCCCCGGCCACGUGCUGCGGGAAGGCAGCCUGGCCCCGCAGGGGGAGCUGAGGAAAUGUCUUUAACCAAAGAACCUGGCAGGGUAACUUUUCUUGAAAGGGACUAGCGGCAGCGAUUAGUAGGAAAUGAUGGACACGAGAGCUUUAAUUACCCAGCGCAGGAAGCUCCAUGCAUGACUGAUGAGAUGUGAGUCUCCUCCAGAGCAUUAAAUAUUCUGUUUUAGCCUAGAGCUUGAAAGUCACAACUGGCUGAGCAGUAGGUGUGGAGCUGCUGCUGACAAAUUGCAACUAGAGCGAAUUAGUGCAUUUUUAAACAAAUAAAACCUCUCUUGGAGCAACUGCCCAAGCCCCCGAACUGCUGCAGCGGGUGUGAGGGCCCCGCCUGGCUCACACACUGAGCCUGCAGGACACAGAAACCAAAUCGUUCUUAAUUUUAAGACUUUUUUGAUAAACUUUUUGAUUUUGUUGUUUAACGUCUAUUGCUGCUUGAAGGCAUUACAUACGAAUGUGGAGAUUUCUAGACCUGAAUGUAGCUGAAACUGAACUGUGAGGUGAUAGAAUUACUUUUCUAGCUAGAACUAAGGAAAUACUGUUUUCUAUGUUUGGUUGUAGUUUACAAAUAUUCACUACUUCCUUUUUAAAACAUCUAAACCUUUUCCUUACAUUUUAAAAUCCUGCUGAGUGGUUUGAGAGCAUACAUAAUCAGAGCAUGGAGGAUUUGGGCUCCAGUGUCCAUAAAGGAAAACGUUCUCUGAGCACUCAUUUCCCCAAUGCAUGUGGUGCCUUUGCAGGAAGGAGAGCGCAGUGGCCAGGGUUGUCUUCAAAAUACAGCCCCGAUAUGUCCUGUAAAAUGUCCCAAUCCCGAGCAGUGUUGGCAGCGCAUUUGCUGUGGUGCAGAAGCUUCCUCGCAGGGAAAAUCCGCCUCAAUCCCAGCAGGGCUGUGGGGCUCUAGAGUCCCAGAGUGCAGCAUUGGUAUCAUCUGCAUGGAUCCUGCUCUGUGGGUGGGAGAGCUGCUGUAAGCAGGGGCUGCACCUCUCCUUCCUUGCGCUCCCAUCUCUCUGCAUAGGACUUUGCACGUAGAUGGGAUGCUGCUGGUGCGUGCUAUGUGCCAAGCCCUGGCCAGACAGUGCCCUGGGGGGCUCCCAGAGCUGCACCCCAAAACUGGGAGCUCCUGGCCACCACUGUGCUCACUUUUACUCCUCUGCUCCUCUGCUCCCUGACUUUGCCAGAGCGAUUAUCUUGCUGUCCGUGAAGUCCUGGGCACGCUGGUCCCAAUGCCAGCAGAGCCCAUCCCUCUCCACCAGGUUUUCCAUAGCCACGGGGCUGCUGUCCUGGCUGGCAUCUCCCAGGAACUCUUCUCUCCAAUGCACAUUUCAAUGCACUGAAGCAACCUGUGAAGCUCCCUCCUUGGCCCCUCUGCCCUCCCCUACCUCUGCUGCUCCCUGCAGAGCAGCAGGUCGUUGGUGCCUUCUCACAAUUAAUAGGGUGCAAACCAUGGGCCAACGCUCUGCCUGAUGCCAGGCUGUCUCACAAGGUGUUGCACAGCAUCAGUGGGAAAUACGAGCUUCUCUCCUGGCUUUUUCUACCUCUCUGACACAUGGGGACCCUCUUGCACCCCCUCACAGGUGGAGAACAGCAGCUUCCCUGAAGGAGGGAGCCUUCUGUUUUCCACUCUUCCUGGCAUGGAGCUGCUUGUGUGCAGCUUUCCACCCUAUCCCCAUCUUUUGGUCUACAACCCAAGGCUGCGCUUGGGAGUGGGCAGGAAGGGAAGCCCAGGUGAAGUUUAAAGGCUUUUUUUCUGUCAUCCUGCCCGGAGGAUUUACUUUUUAAAGGCUUCCCAUAGGGGUUCAUUCUCGGUGAUGUGCGUUUGAGGUGCAUGCCUUAGUUAAGGAAAUGCUGGAGAAAGCCAUGUGGUCUCCUCCGCAUCGCUGCUGGCACCUGCAAUGCUCCUCUGCCCCAGAAACCUGGGCAGGUUCCGUUUUUCCAAACUGGGUUAACCCCUAACCUCCACAUCUCUAAUUCCAUCCUCCAGGUCUCACAUCCCUUCCUAUCUGAUCAAAAGCAAAAUAAAUAAAAGAGGAAAUAUAAAGGACUUUGGGAAAGUAAACAAAGAUGAAAGAGGAAUGAGCAUUUUCUUGGCAUUAAGCUUACUUGAUGAGGAUUGUAGUAGACGAGUCUUCCUUGACAUUUUUCCCUGUAAGAGCUGCCUUUAUUCUGUGUUUAUAAAAACGUAAGGAGAGGAAGAAUUCAGAGAUGCUUUUUUAACACUUUUCAAAGGGUUCAAACUCUCCCUGGUGCUAUUUUUGUAGGUUAAGGAUUUUUGAUGUCGAAAGU